GAUGGAAGUUUGAGAGGAUUGAAAUUGAUCAACGAUCACAAUAGUCUUUGUCCCAACGUGAAGCUGCAUGAGUCUCUCUCUCUCUAUCUCCCCAGUUUCAGCCAGUUUCUUGGAGCCCACCAUAAUUUUGAUUUCAAUUAUCGCAUUCGUGCGUGGUGUAUAUACACUUCAUCGAGAAAACUCUUAUUCCACUUUUUAUCGGUACUGCUUCUGACUCUCUCUCUCUCUCUCUCUGCUUUUGUAUUUGCUCUCUUCUGAAUAUACCGAAUUUCCUUUUUCUUUAAUGGAUUCUUCUUGAGCGAUAAGAUAUGCAUACUGUGUCUUCGCAUCUUAGUUGGUAAUGCUUUGAGGAGAUUCGAAUUCAAAACCAGUUGCCGGUGAAGAUGAUUUCUGGUUCAAAACGCCUGUUGUGUUACCUAGCUAUCCUCCUUUUCCUUUUGAUAGUUCAAAGUUCACGAGCUCAUCUAAGUAGCCAAAAUGGGAUGAAAGCCGAUGUGUUUCUGUCGCCUGUAUUUGUACUAGGGCCAGGAUCAGUUUCAAAUAAAUUCUACUAUGGGAUUGAUUUUCCAAGAGGCCAUAUUGCUAUCAAGAAAUUCAACGCUGAAGUGGUUGAUGAGGAAGAGAAUCCGGUCCCCCUUCAUGAAACUUAUCUCCAUCAUUGGGUAGUUGUAGGUUACCGUCAAAGGAAAGGUGAAAGUUCUCCGGAGCAUUUUGGUGAUACAGGACUGCUCCAAUAUAACUCUGCGUUCAUAAGGAAUAGUGGGAUGUGUGAUAAUAGUCUUGUGCAGUAUUUCGGGCUGGGGUCUGAGACGCGAAAAACAGCUACUGACGUCCCAGAUCCUUAUGGCAUUGAAGUCGGCAAUCCAGCCGACGUGCCUGCUGGAUACGAGGAGCGAUGGCUGCUCAAUGUGCACGCGAUUGACACCCGUGGAGCUGAGGACAAGUUGGGCUGCACCGAGUGCAGAUGUGAUUUAUACAAUGUGACUGCAGAUCAAUAUGGUGAUGCCUUGCCCCCGGAUUAUAUCGGUGGCAUGAAAUGCUGCCAUGAUGGGGUUAGAUGCAGAGUUAAGGAAGGGUUUCAGGGUAAGAGUAGAAGCCUCUACUUGAAGUACACGGUGACGUAUAUGGACUGGGAUGCCUCCAUCGUCCCUGUUCAAAUUUAUAUAUUCGAUGUCACUGACAUAUGGAGAAAGGCAGAUGAAUCCACAGGGGAAACAGCUAGUCAUUAUUGCUUGGUUGAGUAUGAUGUUGAAGCUUGCCCCAUUGGUACGGCAAAUGAUGGUUGCAUUCAUACCAAAAGCCUAACUGUUAGUUUACCAACUGGUGGUGAUGUUAUAUAUGGUGUUGGACAUCAACAUUCAGGAGGCUUUGGUUCAACUCUUUUCGGAGAGGGAGGAAGAGUGAUAUGCUCAUCUGUUCCAACUUAUGGGACUGGACACGAAGCUGGGAACGAGGCUGGCUACAUUGUCGGAAUGUCUACCUGCUAUCCUUCACCCGGCUCUGUCAAGAUUUCAGCAGGGGAGACACUAACUCUUAUAUCCAACUAUAGCAGUGCGCAGAGACAUACAGGAGUCAUGGGACUGUUUUACAUCUUGAUUGCUGACUCUUCAGCGAAGCCCCGUUCAAUCCUUCAUUCUCCGGCACAAGUGCAUAGGAGUGUGAUAACAUCCUAUCCUGGUUGGCUUAUUGCACUGUUUGGAGUUGGUCUCGUUUUGGCUGUCGUGCUUGUUUACAACGGUAGGAACGAGCGAGACGAAGGGUACGAGGAAAUAUAGGGGAAGGAGAGCUUCUUCUUUCACAUUGUUGGGAGAUAUGCUUGUAGUGGGUUCUGCUACUCCUUUGCCACUCUAGAGUUGUUGCAAUUAAUUAUACGAAUAUAAUCUCUCUUGAUUGAAUCUGUAGGAAAUGUUUUUAAGCCAGUUGAAUCAAUAUGAGAAUAUAAUCAUUAUGACGAUCAAA